CUUAGACCAAAUGAAAUAGUUCUAUCAUAUUAAGCUACUACAAAUUUUCUGAGCUGCGGAUAAAUUUAUCAAGGAAGCAAGAACCAAGAAAAGAUACCUUCUUAAGCUUAGUAAGAUGAAUAAAUAGCCUAAUUUAAAAGUUAAAUUUACUUAUGGUAUUUUUAUUGUCCUUAAAUAAAAAUUGAAAUUUAUAUGUUCAUUUGGGAAUUUUCAAAAUUCACAAAUUCGGGAUAGUACCUACAUCGUUUUUUUCAUUCACAAAUUCUGAAGUGGUAACUGUAUCCCUAAUAUCGUAGGGUUUUCCCAAGCCCCUGCUGCCGGAAUACAAAUUACUAUCCAUUUAAUGGAUAUUAUGAAAGGAUGAGAAAAAACAAAAUUAGUUGGUCAUACUUGUCCAGUUAAUUUAGUCUGUUUCUCACCCGAUGGUACUACAUUAGCAUCAGGCAGCGAUGA